AUGACAACAGCUGAUAUCGUAAUCACAGAUGCCAGCUGGCUAGUUAGCCAGGAGGAGCAUCACCGCAAAAAAGCACUCGAUGUGAUGGUGACUGGCCGGCGAAGUAUCGAUCGAGUGACUAAUAGACAGAAAGGCAAACUAUACAUCGAUAGAGAGACAGAAGAACACGCGGAUAGUAGGGCAAUCACAUCGAUACGACACGGCACGGCACAUGACAUGAAGACACGCGCCGUGACAAAGACGGUGCGAGCGAAGCACGCCGCGCUCACGAUCGAGACAUGCGAUGCUCGCGCGUGA